GUGAAAGUCUACUAACACAUAAAUAGAACAUAUCUAUUGAAUGGUUUGUCAGUACAUUAGCAUAAACUGUUUUUACUAAAUAGCCAAAAGGCAUAAACAUUAGCCACUGAAUAUUGGAUAAAUAUUUAUAUAAAUGUGACCCACAUAGAGGGAAAAUACCUGACUUAACCUUAACUAAAUAUGGCGGCUACUAUCACUUACAAGGUUGCGAUCUACCUUGUCAAUAGAGCUAUUUAGCGUACAUGACUUUUUAUCGGUGUUUACAAUGUGCAACCAUUUGGAUUAAAAACUAUUUAAAUAAUUUUUUCAAAGACAUGGGAAUUCUAAAAACCAGGCUGACAAUGAUAACCAGCAUCGCCUUUGUGCUUCUAUUGCUCCAAUUUGCCCAUGGGUCCAUUUCAUGUCCCCUGGGGUGCAGCUGCAAAGGAUUCAAGGUCAACUGCUCCCUUGUCAUAAACCUUUACCCCCUUGGACAGACCCUGCCCCCGGAAACCGCUACCCUGGAGAUACUUCGCAGCCCAUUUGAGGAUGUCAUGGAAUUUGAUUUUGCCACGACGCCAGCAGUACAAUUAAGCACGCUUUUGAUUAAUUUUGGAAACCUUACAGAAAUUCAUGACAAUGCUUUUUCGACACUUGGUGAAUUGAUGACACUUGAUCUCAGCCACAAUAAAAUAGAAAGAGUUGGUCGAGACGCGUUCAUGAAUCUGAAAAUGUUACGCAGACUGGACUUAUCUUACAAUAAGAUACAGCAUUUAGCCAGUGCCAACAUCUUGAAGCCCCUGAUUGAAGUAGUUGAGGUGGAUUUUAAAAACAACCAACUUGUGGAUUUUCCAAGUGGAUUUUUCUCAUCGCAAUCCCAUCUGCAGGAAUUAAAUAUUGGCUACAAUGAAUUUGUGAACCUGAAGGGAUCUUCAUUCCAAGGUGUCCCAAACUUGAAGAAAUUCCGAACGCCUUCAUGUAAUAUCCAAACACUGGAAAACGAUUUAUUUAAGUCAUUACGCAGCAUUGAAGAAUUUGAUCUAUCAUACAACCAGCUUAGAUUUCUACCACUGAAAGGUGAACUGUCACAACUUAUUAACUUGAGAAACCUGAAUAUUCGGGGGAACAGUUUAGUAUCACUUUCAGACAAUCAGUUUGAAGGGCUCAAUAUCAAUAAGUUAGACCUAUCCAACAAUGCAAUUAGCAGUGUCACCAACAACACGUUCAUGCAUAUGGAAGGAUUAAACUACUUAGAUAUUUCCAACAACAAUCUCAAAUCGCUGCCAUCAUUUUUUCUUCAACCAAUCGCAAAUAGCCUAACAAGACUUAAAAUGAACAGCAAUCAACAGUUGACAAGUUUACCACCAACUUUAUUCGAUGGACUUAACAAAUUAGUAGAGUUGAAUUUAUCCUCGUGUGGGUUACUUGAACUCAACUAUCGACAUUUUGAAUAUCUUACUAGUAUACAACAUGUUGAUUUAUCAGCCAAUCAGCUAACUUUCUUGCCGGAUAGUUUCUUCGCAGCGACCAGUAAAAUAUCCAUGCAGUUUGUACGACUGGAUCAUAAUCAGUGGUAUUGUAACUGUCGAAUAAACACAUUUCGAGAAUGGUUAAAUGAUAAGCAAACCUCAUCUAUACUGUUUUGCCAAGAUAAAGAUAAAAUUUCCUUUCGUAAAGACUGUCUAAUGCCAAUGUGUUCAACGCCGUCUAGGCUUGUGGGUUCCCAAAUUGAUAAGUUGACAGAAGAUGUUUUAGACAACUGUGAAAAUACCGGAAAAAAUUCAGCAUCAGGCAAUGCAGGGGUGAUCGUGGGUGUGGUAGUCGGUAUUAUUGUAGUUUUUAUGAUUUUAGUUGUUGUUAUCAUAUUGUGCCUUUAUAAACGUCACAGGCAAGGUAAACAUAUACCCUGUGCUACAAAAGAAGAAGACAACCAGGAAUUGAGAGGUCUUAAAAAGCCAAGCAAUAUUGUUCGCAAUCCUGAAAAGCCGUUGAAUAGACCCAAGAAACCAAAGAAAAGGAAGGAAAACAAAUAUUUUAAAGAAAAGAAAGAAAAAAGAAGCAUAGAUCCAGAAAUAGGGUCAUUAAAUGAAUCGGACAAAGAUUACAUAGUCAGAAAUUAUUUUAGAUCAAUGACACCUGACGUGGAUGAGGUGUCUGAAGGCACUCAGUCAAUGACUCGGAAAAGUUCCGUGGAGAGUCUUUCACAGUCUGGUUACGGCUAUGGCUCAAGACAUGGGUCACAAGAUUCAAGUCAAUACAGCCUUAAUGCGGGCUGCAAGUUUGAGUCUGCUGUUUAGCGUUCUAGUCUAGAUAUUUACUAAUGGAGACACUUGGCCAUAUGAUAUCGAACAAAAAAUUCAUUUACACACAAAUUGUCCUAAAGCUGAAUAAAGGAAUAUUUUGAUAGAUACAUCAAAGACGAAUUUUCUAUCAUUUCAAGAGGAAUGUAAUAAAUGCAAUUAUUACCUACCUUGAUUACUGAUAUAUGAGUUCAUCAAAGUCAGUCAUAUUUUAAGCAUGGUGCUUUAUAUAUUGGCAAGUGUAAAAUGUCAAAAUGACUGUCAGGGGUGUAGCCAGGCUUUACUGAAUGUUACACACAAAUGUGGGAGGGUAUAGGAGGGGCAUAUCCCUGUAACUGUCAGGGGUUCAGGGGGGGCAGCUCCCCAGGGAUAAAAUGGAAAAUGGAACUAACAUGUUAAGCACUGAUGUGUAUUUGGAGGGAUUUAAAGGUUUGAGGCUGCCGACUGUAGUUACCAAGUGAUUUUUAGGCUCUGUAAGCUAUCUAGCACAGAAAAACAAUGCUUUCUAUAGCUGAUCUUCUCUUUAUUCUUAUGUCAAAACAUAGCUUAGCCCUCGACUUUGAUGCUAUAUUUAGCCAUUUUUUAUUCAUUUUUCAAAUUAAUGUAACACAUGUGCGUAAGUGCGUAAGGCUGGCUACGCCCCUGAAAGUGGUUAACCUUAUAAAUGGAAAAACAUGUUGUAAGUGAUUUGACAGAAUAUAUUAAUAUUUUAACAUAACAGUAUAAGCUUUAAAAAUUCAAUGUGAAAAUACAUUUAUGAGCACACAAAACUGCCAGAUGCCAGAGUGUCUCUUUCAUUCAUUGAUCAUAUUAUCAAUAAGCAUAUUAAUGUGCUUAUUCAAAAGGUGAGAGUUAAUGUAGUUGCUCAAUGUACAAUUGUAACCUACCAAUUUUCUUGACAAACAGUUUGUUUGCUAUAAUUGUUUUUGCAUUUUUAACAAGCAUGAUCUAUUACAAAUAUUCAGGGCUGCAGCUAUUUUUGAAUAGUGAUAUUAUCACUUACAUGUAUAUGCCAUCAUGCACAAAUGUAUUGAUGAAAUGAACUUUUAAUAAUUUUGUAACAAUUUGUAAAUAUAAAAGCUUUGCACAUUUAUGUAUUUGCUUUAAAUGUUAGGUUUUAAUAACAUUUUUUAUAGAUAUUGAUAAUGAUUGAUCAAAUGCAUUACCUAGUGCCUAUAUCCUAUAACAUACAUGCAAAAUCUCUUGGUGCAAUACAUGUAUAUUUUCCAGUGUGCCAUAAGGUAUGACCCACCUAAUAGAUGCCAAAGAUAUGAGAAUGCAUGAGAGAUGUCGGGGCUGUCUGUCUGUUAUUGCAGAAAUUAGUCUUUUGAAUGAACAAGCCUGAAUCCAUAAACUACUGCUUGGCAUUACAUUUUUGAACAAGCGCUGCUGUAUAAAACAAAGAAUUUGAGGAAAGAAUUUCAGCAAGCGCCAAAAGCAUUUUACCAGUGCAGGGCUGGGGGCUUGUGCUAAUAUCGACCACUGCAGUUGUGGGGAAUAGUACCAAGCCCUUCUAAAGACAAAAUGUCACUGUGAAAAGGAAUUUUAAUUCACCAAAAUAUUAGUUAUUCAACAAUCAUGAAAUCACUUUAAUGUAUUGCUGUAUCAUAGUAGAGAAUCACAAUCAUAUAAAGCUUAAGUAUUGAGUGAUGGCACAUUGCAGAAAAAAUGCCUUUUAUACUACUAAAGGCAGAAAGUCACUAAAAAGACAGCCCUUAGGAUAUGAACAUUAAAAUUAUUUUUAUGUUUAAGUUACAAUGAUUCUAACUAAACAUUUUAAAUCUUUAAAUGAGACAUUAGCAAAUUGAACUGGUGUAUGAGGUGGGUCAGCAC